AUGCCAAUAGUCAUGUAGAAGACAUAAUCAUGUAGAAGACAUAAUCUAAAUUAUUUUAUUUCAAAGCCAAAACCCUUAAGCAUAUGUCAGGAAAGCCACCAAUUUGCAAAAGGCUUGUCCACUUUUUAUGGCUUUCUUAGCUGUAUAAACACCCCUCCUCAUCCAACCUCCACCAUUAACUCACCCUCUUUGAGCUCUAGAGAGAGAUAUAGAAGUUGACCAUGCAGCCAAAUUAUGAUAGCUCAAGUCUUAACAACAUGCAACAACAAGACUACUUCCACAUACACCAUUAUUAUAACAACUUAAACCCUUCCAACAACAAUCUCAAUCUUAUCCCAUACCCUCAAAUUCAAGAACUCAAUCUACAAUCUCCAGCAAGCAACCACUCUGCCACGUCCGACGAAGCAACUGAAGAUAUAUUCGUCAUCAACGAGAGAAAGCAAAGACGUAUGGUAUCUAACAGAGAAUCUGCAAGAAGGUCAAGAAUGAGAAAGCAAAGACACUUAGAUGAGCUUCUAUCGCAGGUUGCUUGGCUUAGAAGCGAGAAUCAACAGAUUUUAGAGAGGCUUAACCAAGCCUCGGAUAGCAAUGAUCUUGUUCUUCAAGAGAACUCGAGUCUUAAAGAGGAAAACUUAGCGCUUCAUCAAGUCAUCACAUCCAUGAAGAAGGUUAUAGGAGCAGGAGGAAGCAGAAGCAUCAACGGCAGAUACUCUUCUUCUUCCUUGGAUAAUGAUUUGGAUCAAGACUUGUCUUCUAUUACAGAUGAUCGAAGAACUCAUCAUCCAUCAUGAGUUAUUUAUUCUGAUCCAACUUUUAAAAUUUCUGCCUUCAUAUCUGUUUUCUUUGUUUGGUACCCGUCCAAUUCCGGCUCGUUUAUAUAUUGUUGGGCCGAAAGGAAAAGCAAAUUUUAUGUAUUUUGUUUUGGGCCAGACUCAGGUCCAGCACCGUUGAAACA